UGUUGCCAUGGUAAAAUGACACAGUGGAAAAGAAGAUGGGCCUGGUUAUGGCCCCUGCCACACCCCCGGGACCCCUGCCUUGCUGUUGGGACAGGUGUUCCAGCAAGUCAUCCACCUCACCCCAGAGACUACUCCCAGCGUUCUCAUCUCUCCUCCUUCACCAUGAAGCUGAUGGACAAAUUCCACUCUCCCAAAAUCAAGAGAACGCCAUCCAAGAAGGGAAAGCCAGCCGAGGUGUCUGUGAAGAUUCCAGAGAAGCCCGUGAACAAAGAGGCAAGAGACAGAUUUCUACCAGAGGGCUACCCUAUCCCCUUGGAUCUGGAGCAGCAGGCAGUAGAAUUUAUGUCCACCAGUGCUGUGGCUUCCAGGUCUCAGAGGCAGAAGAACCUCUGCUGGCUGGAAGAGAAAGAGAAAGAAGUUGUCAGUGCCUUGCGCUACUUUAAGACCAUUGUGGACAAAAUGGCUAUUGAUAAGAAGGUUCUGGAGAUGCUUCCAGGGUCAGCCAGCAAGGUGCUGGAGGCCAUCUUACCCUUGGUGCAGACCGACCCUCGGAUCCAGCACAGCUCAGCCCUCUCCUCCUGCUAUAGCCGUGUGUACCAAAGCCUUGCCAACCUCAUCCGCUGGUCUGACCAGGUGAUGCUGGAAGGAGUCAACUCAGAAGACAAAGAGAUGGUGACAACUGUGAAGGGGGUCAUCAAGGCUGUGCUGGAUGGAGUGAAGGAGCUAGUGAGACUAACCACUGAGAAGCAAGGGCGGCCAUCACCAACAAGCCCAGUGAAGCCCAGUUCCCCAGCCAGCAAGCCUGACAGCCAGCCUGAGCUCCCCCUGACAGACCGAGAAAUGGAAAUUCUAAACAAGACAACAGGUGUGUCACCAUCUGCUGAGCUGCUCCCAGAUUCCGCUAGUGAAGAAGUCGCACCCCCCAAGCCCCCUUUACCUGGUAUUAGAGUGGUCGAUAACAGUCCACCAGCAUUACCACCCAAGAAAAGACAGUCAGCUCCAUCCCCUACCCGAGUGGCUGUGGUGGCCCCCAUGAGUCGAGCCACCAGUGGCUCCAGUUUGCCUGUUGGAAUCAAUAGGCAGGACUUUGACGUUGACUGUUACACCCAGAGGCGCCUGUCAGGAGGCAGCCGCUCCUGCGGUGGUGAGUCUCCCCGCCUGUCCCCCUGCAGCAGCACAGGCAAGCUCAGCCGGUCGGACGAGCAGCUGUCCUCCCUAGACAGGGACAGUGGGCAGUGCUCCCGGAACACAAGCUGUGAAACACUAGAUCACUAUGACCCCGACUAUGAAUUCCUCCAGCAAGACCUCUCCAACGCAGACCAGAUCCCUCAGCAGGUGGCCUGCAGCCUCAGCCCACUGCCCGAGUCCCUGGGGGAGUCUGGGCCUUCUUUUCUUGGCCAUCCUUUCCAGCUGCCCCUGGGCAGCUGUCCCCAGCAGGAGGGGCAGCAGACAGACACCCCACCUGCCCUCCCUGAGAAGAAGCGCAGGAGUGCAGCCUCGCAGACCGCAGACAGCUCUGGCUGCAGGGCGUCCUAUGAGCGACACCCCUCACAGUAUGACAAUAUCUCUGAAGAUGACCUGCAGAACCCAGCCUCAGUCCAGCCCAUCCCCUAUACACCCUUUGCUGCUACCCUCUCCUUUCAGCAGGGAGGUUCCUCAGCCCCUAUGGAGUUUGUGGGUGAUUUCAGUGCUCCUGAGUCAGCAGGCGACCCAGAGAAGCCACCUCCUCUACCAGAGAAGAAAAAUAAGCACAUGCUGGCCUACAUGCAGCUGCUAGAGGACUACUCAGAGCCACAGCCUUCCAUGUUCUACCAAACGCCACAGAGCGAACACAUCUACCAGCAGAAGAACAAGAUGCUCAUGGAGGUCUAUGGCUUCAGCGACUCCUUCGGGGGUGGCGACUCCACACAGGAGCUGGCCCCACCACCUGCCCUACCUCCUAAGCAGCGCCAGCUGCAGGCCUCCUAUGCUGCUUCUCCCUUCUCCUCUAUCUCCUACUGUGUCCAGCAAACUAAAGUGGCCUUCACCCCCGAGGACGGCAGUGCCACUCAGGGCCUCAGUGUGUCCGUGUCUAACUCCUUUCUCAACCGGCACGGCAGCUUGCCUGUGCCCUCGUACAAGUCUGUGUUCAGGUCCUACUCCCAGGACUUCGUGCCUCACCACCAAGCUUCCGUCCAACCUUUCCUUCCGCCUACCUCCUCUUCCUCUCCACAUUUCCCACCUGUCCACGCGUCCCAGAGCUCGGACUUAGCGGUGCCCACCGUAAGCAGUCCACCUCCCUGCACCGUGGACGGGCCUCUCUCGCCCUCUCAGGAGAGCAGCUUUCAUGGGAACCCCGUCUGCCUUCCCUCCGAAACUUCUUUCACUGACUCGAUUGAAAAUGCCAGUGAGGAGGCUGGUGAGGGUGAAUAUGUCAAUCUGUAUUCCUCUGGCCAGAACAGCGAGGAACUGGCUCCCCCUCGAGGAGAACCAUCAGCUGGGAAAGACGGUCAGUCCCGAGAUCCCUCUGCAGUGAGCAGUGCAUCUGGGAAGGACAACAGAGACAACCGGGAGAGGUCUCCAGAGUCACCAGAUGCUCUGGAGUCAGCCGUGUCAGAGGAGGAAGUGGACGAACUGUCCCUCAUUGACCACAAUGAAAUUAUGGCCAGGCUGACACUCAAGCAAGAGGGUGAUGACGGGCCAGAUGUGCGUGGAGGUUCAGGAGACAUCUUACUGGUCCAUGCUACUGAGACAGACAGAAAAGACCUGGUGCUAUACUGCGAAGCCUUCCUGACCACCUACAGGACCUUCAUCAGCCCUGAGGAGCUCAUCAAGAAGCUGCAGUACCGAUAUGAGAAGUUCUCUCCCUUUGCUGACACAUUCAAGAAGCGUGUCAGCAAGAACACAUUCUUUGUGCUGGUGCGGGUGGUGGAUGAGCUCUGCUUGGUGGAGUUGACAGAGGAAAUCUUGAAGCUGUUGAUGGAGUUGGUCUUCCGCCUGGUGUGCAGCGGGGAGCUCAGCCUGGCCCGUGUGCUCCGGAAGAACAUCCUGGACAAGGUGGACCAGAAGAAGCUGCUCCGGUGUGCCAACUCUGACCAGCCCCUGGCAGCCAGGGGUGUUGCAGCCAGGCCAGGGACCUUGCAUGACUUCCACAGCCAUGAGAUAGCAGAGCAGCUGACACUGCUGGAUGCUGAGCUCUUCUACAAGAUAGAGAUUCCUGAAGUUUUACUUUGGGCCAAAGAACAGAAUGAAGAGAAAAGUCCCAACUUGACCCAGUUCACAGAGCACUUCAACAAUAUGUCGUACUGGGUACGGUCCAUCAUCAUGCUGCAGGAGAAGGCCCAGGACCGGGAGCGGCUGCUGCUGAAGUUCAUCAAGAUCAUGAAGCACCUGCGGAAGCUAAACAACUUCAACUCUUACCUGGCCAUCCUCUCGGCACUGGACUCGGCACCUAUCCGAAGACUGGAGUGGCAGAGGCAGACCUCAGAGGGCCUGGCUGAGUACUGCACAUUGAUUGACAGUUCAUCCUCCUUCCGAGCCUACCGGGCCGCCCUUUCGGAGGUGGAGCCCCCAUGCAUCCCGUACCUCGGUCUGAUCCUGCAGGACCUGACCUUCGUCCACCUGGGAAACCCAGACUACAUUGACGGGAAGGUGAACUUUUCCAAGCGGUGGCAGCAGUUCAACAUCCUGGACAGCAUGCGGUGCUUCCAGCAGGCGCACUAUGACAUCCGGAGAAACGAUGACAUCAUAAAUUUCUUCAAUGACUUCAGCGACCACCUGGCUGAGGAGGCCCUAUGGGAACUCUCUUUGAAAAUUAAGCCCAGGAACAUAACAAGGCGGAAAACAGACCGGGAAGAGAAGAGCUAGAGCAGGGCUGGGCGUGAGGAAUGCUCAAGUGGCCUGAGGAGACUUGGACCAGCCAGGUGGACUGCAGAGUCCCAGCCCCCGAGCCCAUCCACGGCUUGGCAGUGUGGCAGAGCCCGACCCUGCUGAUGGUUUCCUGGUCCACAGCGAGCUGGCCCACGGGCCUCAGAACUGGCUUGUGAAGGGGUGGCCCCUGGUGUGGUUUUGUUUUCUAUAUUUCAUGUCGCUCCCUCCUGUCCCCCACUGUCCCUUCCAGCUGGGAACAGCAGAGACCUGAGCAGCAGACCAGGGGACUGGCAGCCUCACCUUCCUAAGCCCACUGCUACCCUGGCCUUCUUCAGUGGCAGAUGAGUGGAGGCCCCAGAACCCUUGAGUGGACUGCAUUCCGUUUUGUCUGGAGCCAGGGGAGAAAAGGCUAAGUGGCAGGAGGCAGAAAAGGCCGUGGUGGCCACGUUCUGCUGUCCAUUCCCUGCUUUUAUAACAUAGGGAUGAGGCAUGCAUUUCACCUGGCCCAGAAGGUGUGACAGGCAACUUGCAGCAGCCCCAAAGCUGGCACUCCUCAUAGUGCUGGCUCCUGACCUGUCCUGCCAUGCACAGCCCUGUAGGACUCCCCUGAUGAACCAGGAGCAGCAGCAUCCACUGUCCUGCCGCUCCUUUAGCCCCACCAUAAGCUCCGGGCAGCGUCUGGGAUCACAUAGUCCCUACCAUAUCUCUGGCACUCUGGGGAACAGGAAGAGGAGGCACAGGAGGAAAGGAGAGCUCUGUCAUCACAGAAGUGUUCAUGCUGAGCAGGACCAGGGCUGAACUCCCGAGUGGGUCAGAGAGGGAAGAGAAGAGGACCCUGAGGAGAGGCCAGCAGCCCCUCCAUGCUUGCUGUGUGCCUUAAAGUCCAUCUUCUGUCCCUCCUGGGCUGGUGGGCUCCCCUACCUUGCCCCACCCCUGGUGGCCAGCAGGUUCCUAGGCCCUUUGUACCCUUGCUCCCUGGAGACAGCAAUGUCCUAAAGGGCAGAGUAGGCCUGGGGCCCACGUGGGCACCUGAAACCACCUGGUUCCAGGCGAGGUGCUUCCCUCUGUGCUGAACCACUCACUGCUGCUGAGGUUGACAAUCUAGGGACAGGUUUGCAGGGCUCAGCACUGGAACCUCCCUGGCCAUGACUAUGGCCACCACUGUGGACUGGUAGGCAGGGUAUAGGUCAGAAUCCAGAUGUGCCGCCAACCCACCCCAGGCCUCCUGGUUGUUGCAUGAAUGAGCACUCAUUUCUCCUGGGCCUGGGGCUUGGCCAAGUGGACACCAGAAUCUAGCUGUGCUUCCUCGGCCCGACUUUCACAGCAGAGGAGGCCAGAGAACAGCAGCUGCUGACCGGACACAGCUUUAAACAACUGUGUCCUCAGUCCCUCCUGGGUUUUUGAGCAGGCUUUUUAUCAGAGAAACCGUGGGCCCCCUUGCCCCCACUCACGUUUACUUGUCCUGUAAAUAGGGAGGCAUCUGUGAACAGCCCUGUGGCCGGCUCCCCUCUGGCAGCAGCCCUGCUGACAGAACCGUCACUUUAUUAUUUAAGGAGUGUGUGUGGAGUCAGGUUUGUGAGCAGUCGUGUGCGGGGUGGGGGGUUUAUAGCUUGUCCCUCUUUCGCAAGUCCUUUCAUUUCAGUCUUUGCCUCCUGCUCCCCGUCCUUGGCCCAGCUCUGUGAGUGCUGCUGUGUGUGCAUGGGAGGCAUGGUGUACCCAGGGUCCUUUGAGUACACAAACUAGAAUCCUCCAUGGCUUGAGAGGCCCCUAUAGCCUCCCUCUGUAGCACAGGCCAACAUCAGCAGUGUUGCAAGUCAGGCCCAACCCAGUGGUCCCACAGUGUACAGGCGAAGUCUGCAAUUGGGACUGUCUACGGGCUCCCAGGAAUGAGCUGGACAUAAGGGGGAGGCCUGCUUUCCAGACCUAGAGUAGCCAGACCCUCCCGCAGUACCUGGGAGCCCUGGGAGCAAAGGGCCCAGGCCAGGGGUGGACGUGAGCUCUGGAGUGUCUCCACAUGAGGACAGUGAGGUGCAAUGUGUGUGUUUAACUUAUUGGCCGACAGGCUUCCCCAGUCUCCUGCCUCUGACUGAGGCCAAGCCGAGCGCUCACUGUAGCCUGGCUACAUACAACAUGUCUGUGUUGGUGGGGACCUGGGAGAGCUGUGGGGACUGAUCUUUACAGACUGAGCGGCGUGGACAGUUCUGUUCCCUGCAGAGGCCAGCUCUCACCUGUGUGUGGGGAGGGGGGCCAAGGCUAGGGCAAGCAACACAUCUAACCUUGUGAAACAAGAAACCUGCCCCCGCCUCCCAGUGUGACGCUGUAAUAUAGAUUCCCCACUAACUUGUCUGACAGUGGUGUCUUCCUGCAGACAUUUCAGACAUGUAACUUUUAUAUGAAAGAAAAAUAAACAGACAAAAGGCAUCUGAUACCA